UUCGAGUCAGCUUGACGGUGCCGGUCGCCUCAGUAUGCCGCGCAGCGCGCAGGCUCGCGUACGCGUAUUGUUUCUCUCUGUUCUCGUCUCCCUCGCUCUCCUUUCUUUCCUUACUUUCCCUCUCUCUCCCUCUUGUUGUCUUGUAUGCACGUAGCGCGGCUAGAAUACGCAAGUACAAAACAUCUCGCGGGUCACUGUUUUUGCGUUUACGUGUCGUCGUUCCGUUAAGGUUUUUUUUCUGCUUCGUUGAUCACGCGCGCGAGGAGAACCCAACGAAAUUCAGGUUCUUCGUAUACAUAUCGUAACACGUUAGACGUGUACAACACGACGAAAUUUCUUCGAGAACCAGUUAUCGACGCGUGUGCGUGCAUAUACGAGGCCAGUAUACGUCGUGACACAGUGACACGGUGCGUAAGGUUCGUAGUGAAGGAGAGUAUGGCUCGCAGCGAAAAGCAUUGAGAAAGAGCGGGAAACUCCGAUAUACUCGACGGAUUUUCAAAUCGUUUGACACAUCGGAGAUAGGGACGAAGCAUGGUUGAACACUGGAGAAGACUCGACGCGGAUAAGAUGGUCUGGCAAGACGUAGCGAGUGCUGGAACGGUUACGAAACGCGGUAGAAGGAGACGUGGCACGAAAUGAAGCGAGUUUAUCCUCGUACGAUCGAUAACUAUAGCACCACGGUGAAUAUCAAGCGGUUGGUAUAUCUAGCGUGCACGAACCUAACCUAGCGAACUACCUGUUCUUUCGAGCCUUGUACUUUCGUAAACACGGUCGAAGAAAUUGUCUAAUAAUUUCUGGCUCGUCAGAAAGAUGUUGACGUGAAGUUAACAUUCCACACACGAAGACACAGCAUAGAAGUAUCCAGAAUGUCAGAAUGAAAAGCUUUGAGUUAUUCAGGAAGUAAUUUUCCUCGCGCGCCAUCUUGAUCCGUCGAUAAAUAGCGAUGACAGGUGGUGGACGCGAUUGUUGAUCGACGACCGCGCGCGAUUCGAUCGCUCAUGAUCGAACGCUCGAUACAUCUUGGUGCGUGCGCGCGUGCAACGGUCGCGAGUAAUCCCCGGAAGAUUUCUUCCACGAGGGACGCCUACUUACGAGAAGACAGAAAAUUACGAGAGGCGAGUGAAACAGCGAAGAGAAGAGAGAAUCCGAGGCGCUUUUAUUUUUAGCCAACGCCGGUUCGCGCAUCGCAAAAACCGGUUUCCAAGUCUCUGCUCGAGCUCGGGCCACGAGGUAGUAAGGUGCGUAUAUACGCGAGAAGGGUUUUAGCUGAAAAGGGAGAAAGCGAGAGGGAGAGACACGCAAUAUAAAGGUGGAGUAUGCUUCUUUCUCUGUCGGCGGGUAAAGAAAGAAAGAGUGACACGGAACGUGGAAUUCUCCUAAGCCGAUACAUACCUCUCCCUACUCCUCUUCUUUAUUCUCCCACCUCGAACUAUCGAUUGCGUGUAUGCACGCCUGCACGCGCCUAUCCAUACUCGACGUGUUACGUGACAUCGUAUCGGGAGUGUAUGAUAUUCGAUUAUCGAUUUCUUCAAUCGAUUUUAUUAAACAAGUGUAACAAGUCGGUGUGCAUAAAGAAGAGAAUGUGAAUCGAACGAACGCAAGAAUUAAAAAAUAACGAAAGAAAGAAGAAAAGUAAAAGAAGGAAGUGUUUGUAUUGGAUUGUUGCGUGGCACAUGAGAUCGGCGAAGACACGAAAACGGCAUGAAGAAUGGCAACCGAUUCGAGCAACCGUCAAGGUGUAAGGGCGGUCGCCACAACGACAACCGAUCCGCAACGAAGCGAAAAGCGCGCCGUCGCGGCGCGAGGCGCCGCCGGUGCUCUGGCCCUCAGUAUUCUGGCCUUGGUCCUCCAAUCGGCGACCACCGCGACCCCCACAUGGGGAUACUUCACCAAUCCUGACGCUGGUUCGGCAGCCGAGAAAGGAUACUUUGGUCCUUGGAGGCAAUGCAAGCUUCUACUGUACGGUAGAGAAAGAUGCGGCCAAGGGGUUUCCAGAUUCCAGCCAGUGUUGGCUGUGUGGGUGGCAGGAUUAGCCGCUGCGGCCGCCUCUGCCCUUUUGGCGAUCCUGGUCGGUCUUGCCGUGCUACAACUGGCGAUGGCUUCCUCGGCGAAACGAGUUAUUAUUUCGUACAGCACUGCUCUGAUAGGGAAAGUGGCUCUUGCCACAUUGGCCACUUCCUUGGCAAUCGUAGCAGCGAGUCUGUUUGCCCUACAAACCGAUGACAGAGCUAGCAGCUUCGUUAUCACGAGGGGAGAAGCGUUUUAUAUGCAGUUGGCUGCUAUCGCUUUGAACUUUGGUGUGCUGGUCACCGCAGUAUAUGAAGGUAUUUAUGCUCGACGAGGCGGUGAUCCGACGAAGAUUAGGGUUGUCGGUGAUCCUCGUGCAGCUACCAUAAAUAAUCCUGGCUACCGGGAACAUCAACCCACGAAUGGCGGCAGCAUCUCGAUGACCGACGCUAGUGGCAAGCCCUACGUAGGCGGAGCCGGAAACGGUUCGAUGGCGUCGGUAGCAACUUCCGGAAGUGUGACAAGCACGGCUUCGCCGCUUCGAAGCUCGUUGAAGAAGCCAAAGCCGCUCGGUAUCCACAAUCCCGGUUUCUCGGCACACAGUCCGACUCUAUCGAGGAACGGCUCUCAGAAGAAGGUGCGAAUUCAGACGCACUCUACCGAGGUUUAAACAACUUCCGCGAAGACGAAAGCGUCGAUGAUAUUUGUUCACGUGCGAGUCUACUCGCAGCUGAUUUCGUCGAAGAAGCAUUCCGAUACGAAACAAAAGUUCAGCGACGAGCGAAGCAAGGCAAUAAAGCUCGACGAAGUUCUUUAUCACGAAAGCGGAGAAACAACCCGCUAAUUCUUUCUAGUAUUAACUUUAUUUAGGCACUCGUAAAAAACGUCGCGAUACUUAUCGAUGAAGUCUUCGUUACUUUAUCGGGUCUUUCAGAACUUUCCUGCGCGUGAAAAUAAUAUUGUAACCCUCUAUAGCGACAAUGUUGGUUUGUUUAUGGAAAAGCAAAUAAUUGGAACAAUUUUUCAAACAGUCUUUCAAUGGUAACAGAGUAAUUAUUCGACUAUAGAUGUUUCUUCAAGUUUAUAUCUUUUUCAAGGCAACUGAGAAAACAGAAUUUACAUUUGAUUUAUGCGCUAGAUAUUAUUAUAACAGGUAACUCUACUAUAAUUAUCUUGUACAGUGGUGUUAUGUUCCGUUUAUUCUGUACAUUUAAAUUUCGCGUAGAUGAAUAAUCGUGCGCAGUCUACGAUAAUAAUAAGAAUUUAUUAGAAAUCAUACAGCGACUAAAUGUAAAUUAAUAUGUACAUAUGUAAUUUUCAACCGUGAUAAUAUAGAGGGUUGAUAGAUUUUUCUCUUUACAUAAGGAAGGACAAAUACGAAGCACGAGGUACCUUUGAAACGCGGAUGUCCUCGAUAAUUGCUCGGUCGGUUGGUUUCGUUACUUGAGAACUUCCGACGAUGUGACGCUCUAUCGAGGUGAAUCGAAAAGACUUUCUUGCAAUCUUGGACUAUAAAGUUGCAACUGAAAGACCCAGAUAGUGUUAUCGCAUGAUUGAAGGACGACCGUGAAGACGUAGGAAAUAAACCCUGUUGAAAGUGAUCGAGAGAAUCGCAGAGGGAAAUUGCUUCGACUACAAUCUCUAAUGGCGUUGCUCUACGUCUUCGAGAACAUUGUAACCUUUGGCUCAAGGCGCCAAGCGUCUGACGUCGACCGAUAUUUAUGGUAGACGUGACAAUACUGAUUCAAAGGUGGAGCUUAUGAUCCACCCCCGCAAGGAUUUCGUCGUCGAUUUACUCGAUAAGAAACUUUCAACGAUUCUGUAAGAGUUCCAGUUCUCGUUCGUUUUCUUCUUUCUUCGAGUCGCGCUCGUUAAGACGCGAAAGUUGUAAUUUAUCGAAGAAUAUUUUACUUCUUUUUUUGUCUUUUAUUUCUUUCGAAACUGAUAUUAAAUUGAAAUAUGUAAGGCGUUUAAAGAUGUCCACGUUUCGAGAAGGAGGAUGCUGAUGGAUUCAGUGCGCUCGAUCAGGCGAGGAUCGAGAAAAUCAGCCAGUCGUGUUCGCUGAGAUUACGAUUUAAGUUCCCAGCGGUUCCAACCGCGAACAAGCAGAAAUUAACCCUUUGCGGUCUGGUUGCUUCGUGCAGUAAGCUGUCUCGUGGUCCGGCUUGUUUCAGAAUCGUAUCGAUUACUUGCACGAGCAAAUUUUUCCUAAGUACUGUGCGAAGUAGAUGUUGGAUGAAAAUAUCGCUCUGUUCCUUCUCCCUUUUGAAAAUCUUCGAAACGUUUUAAGUUGAGCGUAUACGAUUCGAGUGGCGUUUAAAAACUCUCAGCUAUCUACUUCUUCGUUAAAAUGUCUUUUUUUUUAGCAUCUUUCCAUUUUUCAAGGUACAUUGAAAUAUUUGAAGUUUGCCGUGUUCUUUAAUUAAAGUUAUUUCGUAUACAGUCUGUUGUAAAAUAACGAGUACAUAGCUGAAAUUGGUUAAAGAAAGGCAAAAAUAGGACAAUAAAAAUGGUAAAAUUUUAAUUAUCUCGGAUAUUUCAAAAUGCUAGAUAGGACAUUUUAAUUAAAAGGAGUAAUUCAAUUAAAGUCACUAAUUUUCUUCGCUGAUUUAACCAAAUAAAAAUAUCCAAAUCCGCGGACGUCAGUCUAAAUUUCUGUGUAACAUCGAUCCGAAAAUUUCUACUCAUCUUCGCUUACAAAAAACAUGAUGACAAUUUAGUGUAAACUUUCAGUUGUCCGAUAAAUAUUCCGGGAUCACGAUAUCAUCCCACAUCGUGUCCAAUACGCACGUUUGGGCCGCGAAUGGUUAAUAGAAUUUGAUCGAAUCGAUCGAUAAACCGUAUCAAACAUGUGCAUUUAAUGUUCUACUAGCAACUUGUAAUUGUUUAAUCGAGAUCGGCGCGUCGCUAAAUGACAAGCACAACGUCGAAGCGAAAAUCAAGUGACUCAACCAUGACCGAUAUCCAAGAUACGUGCGGUAUUUGGCGAAGAGAUUUAAUUAUGCAUUUACAGAUAGAACUUAAUUAAAUCUAGUAACGAGUCAUUGAUACGAAAUGAAUCGUCGAGUGUGAUUUCAAAGACAGAAGAACGAUAAUAAUUUUUGAUACUAUUGUCGUUCGAUUUACGUCACGGUUGGAACAGCAAUAAUGCUAUGGGUAUUACGUUGUAAAGUGAUGGUAAGGAGAGAAUUAAAGCCGAUUGUUAACUAUCGUAUUUUAAGCGUGAAAUAGCCAGAUCGAAACUAAGCCCAGGAUAUGGCGUACAAUUAAAGUAUAGGAUUAAAUUCGCGAAUGGACUGACGUGUUAUUACUGAAACGUAUCAAUCGAUCCAUGUUCAACAGUCUUUUCUAGUUACAUGGCUUUUCCCGGUUGUAUUUCUUUCAGCAUUCUUCAUCUUCGAUUAUCGAAAUUAUGGAUUAUAUUUGGUUUUUUACCAAGUAUUUACCGUAUGAAUAUGGGACGCUUGACGAAAUUAAUUUCAUCGUUCGUAAGUUCGACGUGGGAGAGCUUUCAACGCGUUCUAAAAUCUGUUUCUUGAACGUUCAUGGUAAUUUUCUAUAUUUUCUAUCGAGCUAGUACCAUGGAAUUACGUCUGUUUUUACGUUUAUUCGCGCGUCUAAAGAAAAUCUCAUACGUACAAUUUUUCCUUUGCGUAUCCGGCAGAAAUAAGGUGUAGAAGUUUCUUGCAUCGAAUAUAAAACGCGAUAAGAUGGCAUUCGAGAUAGCUUACGGGCACAUUCUCUUCUUAUUCUUGAAUUUUUACUCGAACAAUUGUAUCGCUUGCAAUCGAGAGAAGCAGCAUGGGGAACGAGAGAGAACCUGCUGUAUUCGCUAGAUUUGGAAAAAAGAGAAGAGGAAAUGGUCAAAUGGCGCGUUCCAGUAACAACACGUAGUCGUCCGUCUUGGAAGUCGCAGGAUACGUGAUAUGUUUUUCUACCUUUUUCUCUCUUUUUCUUUUUCCCUCUCCUUUCUCUCCCUAUGUUUCCCCUUUUUUUCGUUUUUUAAUCUAACACCUUUCUCUUUUCCCUGUACGCUCCUUGUUCGUCGCAUUGUAGUUUCAACUCGGCGUUUCUUCGUUCGAGGAACGAAGUAUAAAUAAAAUACUUAUUGCGUCGCAUCCGUCCAGCCCUACGUAGGCAGCUAGCCGUAAAACGGCAAGAAUUAUAUAUAUAUAUACAAAUAUAAAUAUAUAAAUAUAUUUAUAUUUUUUAGCGAUUGUUUUAAUAUAUAUAUAUAUAAAUAUGCAGAAGAAAAUUUAUAUAUAAAUAUAAAUAUAUAUAUAAAUAUAUUGUAUGUUGCGCAGUGUACUCGAUACGUAUGAGAUCUUGUUUCUGCUCGUGUCAUUAGUCUCGAACAGGAGAACACGUUUUACUCGUUAGAAAUUAUUAUUAUUAUUAAUAUUAUUUUUUAUUACCGUUACUGUUGGUAUCGUGACACUGUUUCUCUUUUUGUUUAAAAGAAGUCGUUUUCAUGCUUCUUUCGCCGAUGAUUCUGGAGCUAUUUAUGAUUUGUAUGCGAAGUCGACAGGCGAGUCUUUACUGUAUAUCUUUUUCUUUGUAAUUCGUUUUCUUCCCCUUUUCCUUUUACGUGUAGAACUGUGUGUGGAUAGUUGUUGACGCUUAUUUAUUUAUAUCGAAUGAAAUUCGAUUGAAAUUCAUUUUCCGAUCAUUCCUAUAUGAAUUUUACGAGUUAUUUUUCUGCCCCCCCAUUUUUUUUUUUUUUUUUGUUUGAAAGAUUAUUUUAUUAUGCUAUUUUUAAAUUAUGAGUUUAAUCGUUCUACGGUUAAACUGUACUUUUUUCUUAAUAUCUUUCCUCCUAGGUAAUUCCUUUUGACGUUAGCAUUUCUGGUAGAGAGUAAUUACGUCGAUAUUAUGUUGAGUGAAAUACUUAACGAUGCACCUACGCUGAUUUUUAUUGUUGAUAUGAUUUGUCGAAACGAAUCACACGAGCCGAGCGUGUUUAUAGGACCUACGCAAGAAUUAUUUCGACAUCCGAGAAUUAAACGAUAAAAAGAAACUCUGCCUUACUGAAUCCAGAAUUUCUCGAUCUUACAUAUCUUUCAGUGGUAUAUAUAUAUAUAUAUAUCCUUAAAUGAUUGACGUUAUAGUCAUAAAGAAUUAUUAAUCCUCUCAUUCGUAGAAACAUUUUCUCCUUUAUUCGAAAAUGUUUCAUCACCCGCGUGUUCAAUGUUAAGGUUUCAAAGAAGUGAGAGCCACUAUCGUCUAAUAAAUCGUUGAAAUUGUUAAAAAAUAAAGGCACAAUAAAUGAAUAAAAUUGCGUAAAAAAGAAGUUGAAGAAUAGAAAUUAAUAAUAAAAAAAAAAAAAGAAUUUCUUUGGAUUUCGAAAAAGCGCUUGUGUGAUUCUAACUAUACCUUUGGAAAACGUAAUAAGAGAACACAGAGUGAGAUCGAAACGCAGUUACGCGCGCGUAACAAACAUAAUUAGAAGUAUAAAAAAAUCCGUGUUUUCACUUUUUGCACAUUUUGCUACCCAUUAAAGCCUUGUAUCGCGAAGUUUGUGCGUCUCGAUGAAUUUUCUAACGACCAGUAUGAUGCUGUUUGAAUCGUGUGAGGACUGUAUGCGAGGAAAUCGAUAAUAAAGGAAUUUCUAUGAUUCACGAUUA